AUGGUCCACAGCCUGGUGGACAAGUCAGGCCGUGAGUCAUACAUUGACCUGACCUUCGCUAGUCCGGAGCUCACCAGGAACAGCUACUGGGAAGUCACCCACCUGCUCACCUAUAGCGAUCACGCGGCAAUCGUCUUCCAGACGAGGCAAAAUCAGCUUCACCAAACCAGCCGGGAAACUGCCUACAGGGUACACACCCUAAACUACGAGGUGCUCCUAAACUGCAUGGAUGCCAACACCAUUACAGGCGAGGCAAACACCUGCGCGGAUGCCAUAUCCGCCAGGAUCAAGGCAGCCUGCGACGCGGCAAUGGAAAAAUCCACUAAGGGAGGCGGAAGGCGACCAGUCCCCUAUUGGAACCAGGAAAUAGCCUCAGCCAGAAGCAAGUGUCUCGCUGCAAGGCGGAGAUGCCAAAGAAGCCGAGGACGCACCACGCAGGAGCUGUACGAGUCAUGGUACAGGGAAAUGAAAAAGGCCCUCAAGGUGGCGAUCAGGAAUUGCAAGCACAGGUGUUUCCAGGAGCUGUGCGAUGCGGCUGACCAAGAACCGUUUGGCUCAGCCUACAAAAUGGUUACGGCUCUGCAUGCCAUAGUGAAGGCUUACCCGAAGCUAUUUGUGCAGCUGUAUAACAUAUGCAUUGCUGAGAAAACCUUUCCAAGAGUUUGGAAGAAACAGAGACUCGUGCUCAUUACGAAGCCUGUCAAGCUGAACGACGACCCGUCCUCAUUUCGGCCCCUAUGCAUGCUGAAUACGAUUGGCAAAAUAUUCGAGCGCAUUAUAGGCAAUAAACUAGAGAGGGAAAUCGAGGAGCGCGGUGCCCUAUCAACCCAUCAGCACGGUUUCCGCAAGAAGCGAAGCACUAUUGAUGCGAUCCGCGAGGUAACACAGCUUGCGGAAAAUGCCAUUAAAGGCGAAAGAUGGCAAGGAGGCUCCAAGAAGUACUGCCUCGUAUGCACCCUGGACGUCAAAAACGCGUUCAACUCUGCAAACUGGAGUCUAAUCCUCCAAGCACUCCAGCGUGGCGGCAUAUCUGGCUAUAUUAUCCAGCUGAUUGCCGAUUACUUCAAGGACCGCGUCCUGCUAUACAGCUCCGACGCCGGAAACCAGAGACAUCACGUGACAGGAGGCGUACCCCAAGGCUCAGUCCUCGGGCCACUUCUGUGGAACGUCAUGUAUGACGACAUACUGAGGCUGCCACUACCCCAAGAUUCAAGCACGAGGCCGACCCAUCCUGCGACUAUUGCGGCGAUGCAUCCGUUGAGGAUGCAGAACACGCCUUCUUCGGAGUGUCCGCUUUUCCGCGCGGAAAGAGAGGCAGCAGAGGCAACAACCAACCGUCGCCUUACACCCGAGACCAUAAUUGGGUGUAUGCUGGAGACCCCAUCCAACUGGGAUGCGGUUACGGACAUGGCAGCAACCGUCAUGAGGGAGCUAAGGCGCCGGGAGCAGACCCGACGCACUGAGGGCCUUAGAUGA